AUGGUCACAGUUCUUCACAAAAACCUUCAUGAAACCUUCGAUGCUCUUCGUGUCUCACGCGAAAGGAGAAACCACUGGCAGACCCUGGCACGCGAUCAAAAAUCACGAAUGGAAGAAUUACUGACGCCCGCUCGAACAGUUCGACAUUCAAUGGGAAUCAAGAUGAUCAAGGUGGAGAUGACAGCUAAUACAACUGUUGCAAGCCAAAACACUUCGAUGAUCGUUUUAGAGUUGGUCACUGCUCGUCUCUAUGUCUGCUUUUGCAAUGAUGAUGUUGUGAAGUCGCUCUUAGCAGCGAAACCUGCUUCCUCUGCACAAUCACCGACAUGUUAUGCACUGCAUCCGCUGAAAACCAAAGGAGAGACGGAAUUACAGGAUGCUGUUUCACGCUUCUUCCUGGAUUAA